GCGGACAAUGGAACGGACAAGGGUACGGCAGAGGAUGGAUAGAUUACAGUGAGUGCAUUUGUAUCCACUGUAGGAUCCAAGGGCACACGGUAAAACGAGGUCACGUCAGGAAGCUAGACGAACGUGACGGACUCAUAACCUCGAACAUAGAUGGUGAUGUAUUCGACAAAAGAGGGAAAAUGAUCGAUCCGGACGUUCCGGGAGGCACGAGAGAAGAGGCCCUCCGGGUGGCCGAACUUGGUCCCAACACUCCGGCGAUGUUUCGAAUUUGGCAAGAGAAGGAGGACCCUGUUGUGCAAGUGGAAGAUGUAACGAAAUUAGAAGAGAAAAUGAGCAGGAUGGGGGUGGAAGAAAACAAGGAGAACAUUCCCCUCGUUGAAGAAGACGCGGAGGAGGAGGAUGUUAGCAUCAAUGUAAGAAAAACGUUUGAUAGGAUGGAGGACCUGGUAGAUAAAAUGCAAAAAUUGCAUCUAAGGCGUCGCGGAAUAUGUGAAGAAGUUGGAAGAGAAGGGAUUGGAUAUCCGAAAGUAUUUACCAUGGGGCGUGAAGGACCAGGAGAAGGACCAAAUGAACCCAACCCAAGAAUGUUGAGGGCCAACAUGACAGCAAAGAAUAGCAUGGGUCAGAGAAACGUAAGAGGUUCGAUUCCGUACGCUACGAGAAGACCUGGAGGAGGCAAUCCUCCGAAGGAACAAGCUAAAACCUCCCAACCAACUGAGGAAGAACCACCAAUCAUGGUAGAAGUGGAUGAGGACGAAAACGAUAAGUUCAGGGAAGAAGAAGACAACCAGGCGGAGAUUAGGGCCAAGAGGAGGAAAGAAGGAGUCAAGGAAGGGAAGUCAGAGAAGGAUGAAACAGCGAGCAAGAAGAGAAAGUACCAAACCUCGAUCGAAGAAGGAGUCGACCUGGAAGGAUUGGUGAAUAAAUUAUUGGAAGGUCGCUAUGAAUUGUUGAAUCUAAGGGAGAUUCUUGCCUCAACUCCAAGGCUAAGGGAAAUGGUAAAAGCUAGGCUAUCGCGUAAGAGAGUGACCACAGUCCGAAUAGAAGACCUGAUUCCUAGAGAGGCCAACUGGAGCGUUGCGGGAGGUAAGAUGGACUGGAAGUUCGUAGGGACGGGGUCCAUAGAUGUUAUGAUAAAAGGAAAGAUGUGUCCAGGAAUGGUUGAUACGGGGGCAGAGAUGAACAUCAUAAAUGGAGAAACGGCGGAAAGAUUGGGGUUGGAAGUUGAUGAGAACGAUUGUGGGUUCCUCAAUGGAGCUAGUGGUAAAACCAGGUACACAGGGGUUGUGUCUAAUGUUGUAAUAGAAAUAGGAAGGGUCAAGCAAGGAGAGGCAGAGAAGGAACAGGAAAACAAAGGAGAAAGGGCUCAGAGGGAGGAGAGAAAAAAAGGAUGGAGGAAUUAUGUGAUCAAAAUGCUACAAAAUGAUGAUCUGCCUGUAAACUCCUCUUGGGAUGUAAGGUUUGAGAGGAUGAUGCUCUUUGAGUUAGUAGUAAGCUCCAAACACUCUACCAACAUGCAAAAGUUUAUGGGAUUGCAUGAAAUGCUGGAUGAAAAGUGCAUCAGGCUCUUCGAAGAAUAUGCUGAGGUUGCGAAGAAAUUGGGGAAGAUGGAGAAAGGAGAUGAUGAAAAAGAAAUUGGAGAGGACCUGGAUGCAGUGGAAAAGAGGCUCCAGUCAGAACUCAAGGAGAGUACUGAGCUCUUCAACCAAGGGUUUUUGGACUAUAUCCUUAGGCUCCUGAAAGAGAUGAGCAGGUUGAGGACAAAGGAAGAAGAAAGGGAUGCCCAGGUGGAAAAAUUUACGAAGGAUUUGAAAGGAGUGAGAAAAGAGGUGGAUGACUUAAGGAAGGGGGAAGAAGAGUUGCUAAAGCAAGUAAGUACAUCGGAAGUUUCCCUGGCCCAGAAAAGCAAGGAGUUGGAAGAUGAGGUGGUAGAAAGAGAAAAGAUGGAGAAGAAAGUUGAGGGUUUGUGCUCUGGGAUCAGUGUGCAGGGGGAGGAUUUGAAACAAGAAAUUUCAGAAAAAGAAAACAUGAGUCGGAUACGGAAGAAGAGAUGGGAAGAAAUAUUGAUUGAGAUGGAAGAGCUCAGACUGAGUCACCAGGAGAAAGGGAAGGAGACCACCAGAGUGGUGGAGUGGAAAAGAGAUGAAAGGUUUGAAAUUAAGAUGACUGCAGAAAAGACGGGGGAUCACUUGUCAAAAGAAGGGGAGAAAAAGGAAGGCAAGCUGACUAAGGUUGAAGAGGAGGGACUAUCCGGAAAGAAGUCACAAGAAGAACCAUGGAUUGAGAGGCCUCUUGCCACAGAAGAAGAAAGGAGUGAGUGUUUGACGUUACCUCAGCUGGGAGGCACCAAGAGGGGAGUGCAGCCUGGAAUGGAACUCUCAAAAGGAGUUAGGAGUCAGACAGAGAUUUUGACUCGGCCUCUCACAAAGAAGGCGACGGGGACGUCGCUUAAUAGGGUCUGGGAUAUUGUCGGGCCAAAAGGGUAUUUGGCCGUGAUUUUGCAAUUGACAGGGUUGGUUGUGCCGACCACCUCGAGGGAAUUAAUCUGAACUUGGAAUUUUGUAUGAGCGCGCGCAUUAUUGUAGCGCGCGCUGUGAUAGUUAGGAUCGA